GUGAUCCCCAGCUGUGUGGGAGCAUCCUCCUCCCCAAGCGACCUGCAGCAGUGCAGGGCUCUCAGAGAAUGGAGCAAGAGGCACAACAGCCUUCCACAGAACAGCAGAAUGAAAAGUAUAAUAUGAUACAAUGUUUUGUUAGAGGAAAACCCCAUACACAUUUAAACAAAUGCAGGUUUUUUGACCUGGUAACACUAAGCCAUGGCACUUAAAUUCACCAGACACUGUUGACAGAAGCACAGAAGGGGAGCUGUUUGGCGUGCUCUGCUGUGCUGCACAAAGGCGCUAUGUCAUAUCAGAACUGUCCUGACCACACCUAGUGCAUUAGCCCUCCCGUGGGCUGCAAACACAACCUCAUCACUCCCCGCUCCCGGCCAAGCGGAGCAGAAGGGCAUUGAUCUACAGCACAAACCGACCAGAAGCCAGAAAUUCACGGGAACAAAACUAGAGAGAAAUAGGAACUUCACAAAGUAGAGCCCAUCAUCUGCCUUGACUGGGCAGGAACACAGCGGCAGCCAGCCCCACAGACCCCCUACCUGCCGCAGAGCCAUGCCGGAUUCCUUCACCAUCCACUUCCUCAAGGUGCUCAAGGAGCUCCUGGCCUUUGUGCUGUUCAGUUACACUGUGCUGGUCGGGGCGCUGCUUCUCGCCGGCUGGACAACGUACUUCUUGGUGCUUAAAUGACGGCUCCUAUCCUGCUCCCGCAGCCACGGGCUGGCCAGAGCCACAGGCUCCUCCGUGCAGCUCGUCCUGCAUGUCCGCUCAGCACACAGGAUCGCAGUCCCUUCCUCCUGCGCCAGCUCUGCAAGCAUUUUGUUCCGUUAAUGCCUAAUCACAGUCUUAUUUUCUUACGUAAAAAGAAUAAAGAUUAAAAAAAAGUGCCUA